GCCGGCUGUCACGCAUUAAUAUACGUCUGCAACUACUGAAACGGUAGUUCAUUUGCCACGAGACUGGUGGUUCGAUGAGUGGUAUGUCUAAAUUAUGGGAUGCAGCCGUGAAGGCAAAGAUAACAAAACAGAAGCUUGCUACUGGAGCAAUUUUGUGUGUAAUUGCUGCUUACGGAGCUAAGCGAUAUUAUCCUCUUCUAGCCAAAGCUACAGGCAUCAAGGGCAAAUCCCAUGAUUGUUCAGAAAUUGUGCGAUUGAAUGGCGUCUCAGACCAAAACAAUAAACCAGCCAAGAAAAGAAUAGCGGUUGAUAGAAGAUUUUUCAAGCAGCUUAAAUAUCUCUUAAAAAUUAUCAUUCCAAAGUUAUGGAGCAAGGAGUCUGCCUUGUUGAUAUUACACAGCAUCAGUUUGAUCACCAGGACGUUUUUGUCCAUAUACGUAGCGUCUUUGGAUGGAAGCCUCGUCAAGACAAUUGUACAGAGAGAUGUCAUGAAAUUCAUCCUUCAACUAAGCAAAUGGCUUUUGAUUGCUGUCCCUGCUACUUUUGUGAACAGUUUGAUUCGGUAUUUGGAGAGCAAGCUUGCACUGUCGUUUAGAUCACAAUUGGUGAACCAUGCAUAUGGAUUGUAUUUUAACAAUCAGACCUACUACCGAGUGAGUAACCUGGACAGUCGUCUGUCAAAUGCAGAUCAGUGUCUAACAGAAGAUAUUACAUCAUUUACCACCUCACUGGCUCAUUUGUACUCGCAUUUGACAAAACCCUUUUUGGAUGUAUGUUUAAUGUCUUUGACCCUCUCCAAACUUGCAAGCAGCCGAGGAGCUAGUUCCAGAAUACCAGUCAUUGUAGGAACAACUGCAAUUGUUGUCACUGCAAAAAUCCUGAGGGCAAUGUCGCCUAAGUUUGGAAAACUAGUUGCUGAGGAAGCAAAACGCAAAGGAUACCUUCGCUAUGUUCACUCAAGAAUUAUAACAAAUGCAGAAGAAAUUGCAUUCUAUGCCGGACAUCAGAUUGAAAAGAAGCACUUAGAAAAGAGCUAUAUGUCUCUGGCUAGCCAGAUGGACACCAUCUACUACAAGAGGCUUUGGUACGUCAUGCUGGAGCAGUUUCUCAUGAAGUAUGUGUGGAGCGCAAGUGGGCUUGUCAUGGUCGCAGUUCCUAUCAUCACCGCAACAGGGAUUCGUGCUGAUGGCACACAAGUAGAUGACGAUCCCGAUGGAGGUGUUAGUGAGAGGACACGAUCCUUCACCACUGCCCGUAACCUGCUCAUCAACACCGCAGAUGCUGUGGAGAGAAUGAUUUCAUCAUACAAAGAGAUCACCGAGCUGGCCGGCUACACAGACAGGGUGUCGGAGAUGUUCCAGGUGUUUGAGGAAGUGAAUAGUGGCCAGUAUGAGCGGAAGAUGGUCACCAAACCAAAGUCACAGAAACAUGACCGAAUCACAGGACCCUUGGAACUGAGAGGUGAUGUUAUGGACACAGAUUCAACCAUUGAGAUUGAAAACCUGCCAAUUGUCACGCCCAAUGGUGACGUCAUCGUGUCGAGCCUAUCUCUCACGAUGAAUCCUGGCAUGCACAUGUUGAUCACUGGCCCAAAUGGUUGCGGCAAGUCGUCCCUGUUCCGUAUCUUGAGUGGCUUGUGGCCGGUGUACAAGGGCAAGCUACACAAACCCCCACCCUCAGCCAUGUUCUACAUUCCACAGAGGCCGUACAUGUCUAUCGGGACGCUGCGGGACCAGGUGAUCUACCCAGACAGCAAGGAGGACAUGAUGAAGAAAGGUUUCACUGAUGCUCACCUUGAUGGCAUCCUCGAUAUUGUGCAUCUUGCACAUAUUGUGCAGAGGGAGGGAGGCUGGCACGUAGAGAGUGACUGGAAAGACGUGUUGUCAGGCGGAGAAAAGCAGAGGAUGGGCAUGGCUAGGAUCUUCUACCACAGGCCACAGUUUGCUCUUCUUGACGAGUGUACCAGCGCCGUGUCUAUUGAUGUCGAGAGCAAGAUGUACCAGGCUGUCAAGGAUGGUGGGACGACCCUGCUUACCAUCACUCAUCGACCAUCACUGUGGAAGUUCCACACCCACCUGCUGCAGUUUGACGGGGAGGGAGGCUGGCAUGUAGAGCAUCUGGACACCAACACCAGGCUCACCCUCAACGAGGAGAAGCAGAGGCUAGAGGCACAGCUGGCCGGCAUCCCUGAGAUGCAGUCACGUCUCAAGGAGCUGUGUUCCAUACUCGGGGAGGACUCUGUGCUGCGAAACAUCGACAUCAGUGAUCCCACAGACAGCAACGAACAGACACAGACAGUGUUGAGAUGAUAAUCAGGUGUAUGUAGAAG